GUUCAGCUGUUAGGUCAAGCAGAAUGGAGGAUCUGUAUCUCUUAAUGCUGGAACAGUUUUACUGGGUAACAGUGGAGUUUUUAAGCUUCCGCUGUGGUUUCUUAGUAUUAUAAUUGAAGAUAUGCCCCACCCAGACCCGCAGCACCGACCCCGGAAUUCUUGGAACAGUUCAUCACGUGUCCUAAAAACAUUGUUAAAUAGAUGAUGCAGGUGGUCAAUUCCAUGUUGUUCCCAUAUACUAAAAUGAAGAGGUAUAUUAUUAAUUUCGAAAUCUGGAUUGUGCCAGCGGCACGGUGGACGACCGGUGAGAGUGCUGCCUCACAGUUCUGAGGAGCGGGGUUCAAUCCCCGGCCCCGCCUGUGUGGAGUUUGCAUGUUCUCCCCGUGCCUGCGUGGGUUUUCUCCGGGCACUCCGCUUUCCUCCCACAUCCCAAAAACAUGCAUUAAUUGGAGACUCUAAAUUGCCCGUAGGUGUGAAUGUGAGUGCGAAUGGUUGUUUGUUUGUACGUGCCCUGCGAUUGGCUGGCAACCAGUUCUACCCCGCCUCCUGCCCGAUGAUAGCUGGGAUAGGCUCCAGCAUGUCCCCGACCCUAGUGAGGAGAAGCGGAUCAAAAAAUGGAUGGAUGGAUGGAUUGUGCCAGAUUGGGGAGCGCAUACUGGGAGCUAAUUGAAAUCCUGAAGAUUCUAAACUUUGCCACCAAGCCGUUAAGGAGGAUGCGAUUAUUGGGUUCUUGAAGCAUUUAUGGCGUUUAAGACUUGUGGAAAUAAAUGGGAAUUUUGGGAGUUUGAUGUUGUUGCAGUCUAUUUGUUCCAAUUCGAGCCAAGAAUCAUACUCCUCAUUGUGGUGCAACCAUUUGAUGAUGGUGUUGUAAUUGGUUAGCUAAAUAAUAGUGUUUCAAGUUGGGAGCAUUUAGGCCUCCCUCCUGUUUACUUUUCUGAAGAGUGGAUAGACUAAUUCUAUUUUCUUAUUUUUUGAAAAAAAAUUAUUACAGCAGAAUCUAAGGUUUGAAACUAUUUAAGUGUGGUCUUAAAUGGAAUCAUUGAAAAAUUUUUAUUUGAGGUAAGGUCUUCAUUUUUAUUGUAGCUAUUCUUCCCAGUAAUGAUAUAGGCAAGUCAGCUGAGAUUUUUUCCAGAAGUGGUGUGUAAUUUAGACUGGUUAGCUCUGUGACUCUUGACGAAAUAUUAAUACCUACAUACUUAAUGUUUCCUGUAGGAAUAGGGUAAUCUGGGAUUUGAUCUGCAGGAUCAGUAUUGUUGAUUUUGUCCAGUUGAUAGAGUAACCUGAUAUUUGUGAAAAUGUUUUAAUGAGAUUGAAGAAUGCCUGAAGAGAAUACUUGGGUUCCUAUAAGUAAAGAUCAUCAUCAGCAUAUAGAUUGAUUUUGUGUUCUGUCACUGGUGCGCAGAUACCUUUUAAUAUUAGCAUUCUGACGUAUAGCGGCAGCAAAAGGUUCGAUGAAUAUUGCAAAUAGCAUUGGUGAGAGUGGACAUCCUUGUCUGGUUCCUCUUUGUAAUGUAAAACUUUGUGAAGUGAUCCUAGUUGUGCUGAUUCGCUUUCGGCGAAUUGUAUAAUGUUGCUAUCCAAUGUAUAAAUGAAUCUCCAAAACCAAAUUUGCAAAGUACUGCAAACAGGAAAGCCCAGUUAACUUUAUCGAAUGCUUUCUCUGCGUCAAGUGACAUGAUGAGUGCGUUUAGGAAAAAAAAAAAGGCUUGAUUACAAACAACUUCUAAGUAGCUAAAAACAAUAUCUCCGUCACAUACAUGCGCUGUCCGGAGCGGCCAUAUUUACGCCCUGCGUAAAUGAUGAUAUCACCGCGCAUUUACGUUGAAACGAAACAGACGCAGACAGAGCUUUUCCCGGCUGUAGUCCAAAUGACGGCAUACAUGGUGAAAAUUUGGCAAAAGGAAUAUUCCACCCCUGUCAAACCGAAUGACAUUCCAUUUGGAUUUGGCUUGCGUAUUCCGAAUUAGGUGUUUAUUUGGCGCAGUUUCAUUCGGGUUGGGCUUCUAAACCGAUUAGAAUUGGAAUAGAAGGCUCCAUGUAAAGCAGGCUGGUCUUGCAGCUCUUUAUUCUUUAUUUCAGACCCAGGGGGACCCAUAUCACAGAGUAAAGAAAAACAAUUUAAUUGAGAAACAAGAAAUGAAAUUAAAAUAACGAUAAUUACACCACCAGUACUGAUGUAAAACCAAAAAAGAUAAAAUAAAUAAAUAAAAAAUAAUAAGGGUGGUCCUUUUCUUCUUCUUUUGAUUUCAGAGACAUUAAAAAAAAUCUACAGUAUUAUUGUUUAUCAUGAUAGUUUUUGGGACAAUAUAACAUCUUUAAAAAAUUGUUAUCGUGACAGGCUUUGCUGUGAUAAUAUUAUGAACACUUGGAUACAUACUUGUAGCGUGUAUUAGUUGAAUAAAAAUUAAAUAAAUUUUGGAGAAAAUAUUAAGCUGGAAGCGACACCUGCGUUACUUCUGGUUUAGCGAAAUUUUAAAUUACAGCGUUAUAAAGCUAUUUUAUCUAGUAAAAGGGGAACCACGUCACUUUUUAUGUGGAUAAAAUUUAGGGGACGUGACGAGAAACCUUUUUAUCAGUCUCUUAAUCUGAAGGUUACUACACUUUCUGAAAUUUUGAUGAGUUCUAGACGGCCAGAGGUUUGUUUCCUCGAACUCAAACACACACAACAAUGCAGGUAGUGAAUUAUAUGGAAAAUGUAAUGAUUUAACAUGGGAAAUCUACAGGGAAGCAAUACAGAAAAACACAAAACAAACAGACGAACAUUGGCAAAGGAAACUAACUUGUGAUGUGAGAUUGGUAGUGAGCAUGGGGUGUCAAUGCGUAUCGGUGGAAUUCCUGUUCUCGCUAGUUUAAAACCCAAAUAUGCACUAAUCUGUACUUUUAGUUGACCGCAAGUUUGACUUACGUGUGUUGACCAAUUCAGGCAGGCGGGUCGACCUUCCGGGGGUUGGGAAGAGUGCUCAUGAGUGAUGGUUUGCAGGAAAAGGAAGUAAAGAGAAAAAGACGCAUUUCAAGUGCAGGUGGGCCGGCGCGCCGGCAGUGGCAAUGCCUGCCACGCGGUCAGGGGAAACUCUCACCACAAUUCCUUCCCAACGGAGCCUCGUCCGUAAACUGCCCCACACCCAAAUGGGUAGCUUUGGGCAGCUGGCAUUUGCUCCCUGUGGUCCACGCUUGGCAGAGCGGCAGGGAAGUUCGGUGUCUCCCAGCCUUCGCCACCUCCUUGGUGAGGUUGGGGGCUCCCCGGGCUGGGCCAGGCCUUCGGCAGGUGGAACAACAAGAGAGUGAGAGAGCGAGCAAAAGAGAGAAAGAGAGCGAGCCAAAGGAGCUUCUGCCUUUUAUCCGCUUCAGAGAGGGAGGCCGUCCCCUUUUGACCAAAUUGAAAGCAGACCGUGCCUCUUGAAUUGUGUUUCAUCGUAGUAUAAUUUGUGGUUUAAACCCAGUGAAAUUAAAUAUUAAUGAUUGGAUUUAAGAUUUAAGAUUUAAGUACAGUGAAGUACAGUGAAGACUGGUUAGUGAACCCAUUUUUGCAGUAGCGUUCCGCCGCCUGUGGGUCUCGCUAGUACCCCGUCCAUUGUCCCGGUCUGGCUGGGAGGAGGAAGUGAAUUCAUUGAGCGGUCUGCUGCAAAACCAGGUGUCUUUUGUCUCCGCUUUGAUGCUACUGGUGCUGGUAAUUCACUUAGCGUCGGAGUGCAAAACUAAACGUCUGUGUCUCACUUUGAUGCUCUUGGCUUGUAAUUCACUUAGUGUCUGUAUGCGAAGUUGAAUCUCGCCACUCCGUGGUCGUCUACCUCGGCGGUAGCCCGAGACUGGAGUGCUGGGUGUCAUCUUUUAAUGGCGUGUCCAUUACAUACGUAUGUAGGUAGGUAGGAAGGUACUUCAUUCAUCCCGUAAUGGAAAUUAAACUAGCACAGCAGGAAUAUUCACAAUGUACACUAAUAUAGAAGUAGCAACGUGACAUGUGGCCAACAUCAAUUUAAUACAAAAAACAUAACAAAAAACAAAACAAAAAAAAACACGUUUUUCGGGCAAUUUCCGCAAUAGCAAAUGUAACUAAAGAGUCAAGGAAAUAUAAUCAAGCUAUACUGUUUUACUCGAAUUUGAAGAAGUGUUUGUAUUUUAUUUUAAACCUAAUUUUCUGCAGCCGAUAUCACACAAAAAUGUUCCCCAUUUUUUCCAGAACAAAAAACUCAAUUUCUCCGGAACCCAUCAUCUGAUUUUCAAAAAUCUUAGUGCAUUAUACUCUGGUAGAAGUGACCAUUCCAACCAGAUAAUAGAAGCAACCAGCAAAGUGAAAAAAACAAAUACAAGAGCGGCGUUUCAACUGUAAUGUAAGCAGCAAGAAAAAACAAGUGUAGGAAGUAUAGAUUGUACAUGUGUAAUAUGUACAAGCAUUUUUGCACUGUUGUGUGUGUGUGCGUGUGUAUUUUCCUCACACCCAGUGGUUGUUUCCUGCAGCAAAGCUUAGCUGCUACAGAGUAUCUGAGAGUGUAAGCUAUUGGAAAAGUAAGCCAAUUCCUUGAUUUUUGCUGUAGACUGAAAAAUAUUUGGGUUUGCCAUAAAAAGGCAACCCAAAUGGUUAUACUGGAUAUGGCCAAAGUUGACUGUUAUAUCGUCUAUCAGCUUCGCAGAGGCUUGUUUAUUUACCCAUAUACAGUUUUCUGUUUUUUGUUUUGGUUGUACCGCUAAUGAGUAUAAAUGCAGUCUUCACAGACAAAACCCAAAUCUAAAACUGACAGUAGGCAUUAAGUGCUAUCGAUUGUAUGAAUAAUGAAUGUAGUAAUAAGACGUGGGCAACAACACACACCAGUCGGUCAGUUCCAGUACUUGAAAAAUGGGCGAGUUCAAACAAAAGGUGGAAUCUUCUGAGUUGUGUAGCAGAUCCCGAUGUAAAUAUCUGGACUUAAAAGCUGAAAUUUUGAUCUCUUGUCUUAUUCACUUUUUGAUGAUAACCAUUGAAAAUGAGCAAAUUAUGUCUAAUUUCAUUUUUUUGUGUGUGUUUUGUUUUGGCAAGGCGGCACGGUGGCCGACUGGUUAGAGCGUCAGCCUCACAGUUCUGAGGAGCAGGGUUCAAUCCCCGGCCCCGCCUGUGUGGAGUUUGCUUGUUCUCCCCGUGCCUGCGUGGGUUUUCUCCGGGCAUCCGGUUUCCUCCCACAUCCCAAAAACAUGCACGUUAAUUGAACACUCUAAAUUGCCCGUAGGUGCGAAUGUGAGUGCGAAUGGUGGUUUGUUUGUAUGUGCCCUGCGAUUGGGUGGCAACCAUUUCAGGGUGUACCCCGCCUCCUGCCCGAUGAUAGCUGGGAUAGGCUCCAGCACGCCCGCGACCCUAGUGAGGAGAAGCGGCUCAGAAAAUGGAUGGAUGGAUGGAUGUUUUGGUAGUGGGCAAAUAAAUGUAUUGAAAAUAUGUUUAUGCUCAAACGUGACAUAAUUUACAGCUAGCGAGCCAUUAAUUGCAGGCACAAAAAGAGCCAAAAUAAAUUCUUAGCGAUGAAAAGUUAUUCUGUUCCUGUUAACUAUCAUGUUGUGAUUGUAUGACGUAUGUGCAACUGUACGCAGCACAAUGUGCAGGCAUCCUUUAUUUUGUUUUGCGACCAUGUCGUCCAUCCACAAAUUUGCACAGUGAAUUUACCUUCACUGUGCCCCCACUAGCUUAGCUUCGCCAUAGGGAUGCGGCUCAAAGGGGAGUGUUUUAUCUACGAUGUCUCGGCGGCGUUCUCCUUUUUACGCCACGUUGUCACUAACUUUAGGUUAUAAAAGUAACAAGCUCAUUUUUAAAAUGUAAGGAGUAGAAAGUACAUAUACUUCUGUUUAAACAGUAAGGAGUAAAAGUAAAUGUUGGCAGAAAAAUAAAUACUCAAGCAAAGUACAGAUACCUGAAAGGCUACUUAGUACUUUGUUACCUCGCACCAAAACACAUACUGUUCAACUACCCUUUUCUAGACCGAUGGUCCUCAUCAGGGUAAGCUGGAGCCUAUGAGGUCAGCUAACAUUUGGGCGAGAGGCGGGGUGUGCUGCGGACUGGUAGCCAGCCAGUCAAAUAAUUAGAGCUAUUGCCAAAAGCAUAAUACUAGCCAAGACAUCUACUUGCCAAAGAGUGAGCAGCACUGUCCAUAUUUGUUUACAGAGCAGACAUGUGGGUAGAGUACAGGCAGUUAAACGUCCUGUCACUUACUCAAUACAUGACAAUAUAUUGACUAUUGAGUAGAUAUUUCAUGUGGGAAUACGGUACGCCUGUGUACCUUACCGAAACACAUGAAUAUGAAUAUGUGUACCAUUACACCCCAGUGUUCGACCAUUGUCACAGCAAAAAUUCAUCCAAUCAUCGUACACUGGAAGUCGAAUCUAGUCAAGUUUAUUUGUAUAGCCCUCAAUCACAAAAGAGUCUCAAAGGGCUUCACAGGCCCACAGUUGGCAAUGAUUAACAACAGCCCCUAAACUAAACCCCCCAAUCGGACAAGGAAAAACUAAAAAUCCCAUUUUGGGGAAAAACGAAACCUUGAGAAGGGACUCCAGAUGGGUGUGUGUUGGGGAGGCUGCAAUGGAUGCAGAGUGGGCAACAUUUAUCACAUACAAUGUUCAUGACGAUGGCAUAAGAGUCCAUAUAAAGAGAUAAGGCGCCGCAGGGUAGAUGCCUUCGGUGGUUCUGCCUCAGGAUCUGGCCCGGUCAGUCAGAACAGAAUCCUCAAUGGCCACGUCUCCACCUCAGCUCUUGUCCCAGCUGGUCAGUGCAGAACCCAAACAGCAACAGCCUCUGAUUCGGUAAAUGUAAUCUAGCCCUCUCUCUGAUCAGAAGAUAGGACAAGCAACCUAGCUAUGUUCCUCUUUGUAAUCUCUGAUUGCCUCAUCCUUGUAUCAUUGGAGCCGACGUGUAUCACUAUGUUCAAGCAGCUAGUGUUGUUAGCCCCAUGCUUGCGUGUAGGGCUAAUGCGGGUCAGCUUCAAUGUUGGGUGCUCUGGCCGCAGGAAUACUCAUUACAGUGGCUGGCUUUUUAAGCUUGAUGUUACGAUUGAUGGAGUCACCUAUGACUAACAUGUGGGAGCCAGUUGAUAGAGUAGGAAUGGGACUAGCUAAAGGAGGGAAUCUCUUAUGUGUAUGAACAGGCUCACUACGGUUAGCUAGCCGCUUGGUGCUAAUGCUAAGAGGGCUAGUACGUCGGCUACAACCUACACUAUCAGGUGUGUCCGCCACAUCUACAGUGACCAAAUUAUUCAGCUCUUCUUGUCGGACACGUUCCUCUAGCAGGGAAAGCCUCUCAAGGAGAAGGGCCCAAGUGGUGCACGAGUCCAUACUGAUGUUUAUUUGGUAGGAGUUUUGGAGGCCAAGUCUGUGGAACAGCUGAAGAGCCUCGUCAGUGUCCGGCAGGAGCUAGUAGCCUCGAAAACGCAGCUACUCCGCUUUCAAAAAUUCAAAAUAGUCUCAAGAAGGUAAAAGUAAAACAUAAAAAUCUAAGUAGAUGAGGGAAAAGUGAUGAGUUCGUCUCUCUCCUACGCACACAGUGUAACGUGACUGGAGCAGCGUCUGGAGUGGCCACUUUUAGCCCAUGACAGCAGAUAAACCAACAUGGCAUUCUCAUCUCGCUUUUCCUUCUGGGAGAAAAAGGUCAAAGAGGAGAACAAGCCAGGCAGCAUAAAUUCAGAUAGUGAUGGGCUGUCCAACCGGGCCCAAUCUGUGCCUGCUCUCGACCCUGGAAGGGGAUUAUACCCGGCAUUGAGCCCCCCAGUCGUUGCUUCUUCAGAGGUGGUUGGUCGAGUCAGGAGUCCCUCGCCACCUAAAGUCAGAACACCUGUUAAAGUGCCAGAACAUUUCAAAAGCUCUGAGCCAUCACCGUCAUCAAAGAUGGCAGAGCGAUUCAGGAGUCCUGAAGCAAGACACUAUUCUGUGCGUUCAGACCUAGUUAUGAAUGGUAAUCAAGAAUACAAUGGUAUUGUGAACAAAACCACAGUCAAUGGCACUGCUAAAGGAAAUAUCAAAGCACCAUGCAACAGCUUGCCAGACUCUACAGAUGAUCAAGGUCUAACUCGCAAGAAAGUAGUGAAGGUGGUACGUCGUGUUGUCAGGAAAGUCCUGCCCUCAGGGGUAGAGGAGACAACUGCACCAACACAUGAAUCAGAAAUUUCAGAGGGAGCCAAAAAUGGUACCGUACCAGCUCCAGCAUCUGUGUCCAAGGGCCCUGUGAUGUCUGCAUUCUCUUUUAAACAUGACGCGGUCAAAACAGAAGACAAAGAUGACCUUUCUCAAGGAUUGACCCACCUAAUAGUGAGAGGAAGGACAAGGGAACCUCGAUCAAGAAUACGUAAGGAUGACCAUCUGCAAACAAAAGAAUUAGAUACGAAAAAUCAAAAGGAAAAACAGAUUGCGACCAAAGAAGAGGUGAACGAGGAUAGAAUGUCUCCAAAGUCACAAGAGGGCAAGCUAUAUUCUCCAGUACAGUCUCCAGUAGUCCCUGUGUCUGGAACAGGCAUGCCGUCAAAUAAAACUGUUCCAUCUCUACGUUUUACCAAGCCCUCCCAUUGCAGAUCUUUGCCACAGGUUGUUGGCUUUAUCCCAGCACCCAAGUCUACGCCUUUGUCUCCGCCUCCAGGCUUUAUACCUGUUACUAGACCAACAGCUUCUACAAAAUCCAUCCGUACCGAUGCAGCAGUCCCGAAAACUACCUCGAUAUAUCCUCCAUGUCAUUCUAUCUCAAUCAAUGAGCCCCCUGAAGUGAGCCCUCAUGAUCGAAGUGUCAGCUCUGGUCCACUGCCUCCACCAGAAAUCAGUCCAGUUCAGCACCCAACUGUCAGAAAACAAGAGGAGACACCAAUCAGUCACACUGAGGAAGCUCAAAAACGGCUAAUGAGGAUCUUCAGCGCCCCUCUGGAGAUGCCAGUCAGUGAUUGGUCGACCAUCCAAUCAGCCGCCCUUGUAGCCUCACAGCCCCAAAACCCCCUUCAGGGAUCAGUGGAAGAGGACCCUGUAGCCCUCCUUCAGGCAUCUCAUGCUGCUUCUCAGCAGUCCCAGGUAAAGACGGAGGAGCAGAUAGCAGCAGAGCAGGCUUGGUACGGUUCUGAGAAAGUCUGGCUGGUCCAUAAGGAAGGCUUCUCCCUGGCUACAGUGGUGAAGACAGAUCCUGGCUCCCUGCUAGAAGGCAAGGUGAAAAUCAAACUAGAGCAUGAUGGGACAAUAAUUGAAGUGGAUGAGGACGAUAUCGAAAAGGCCAACCCUCCAUCAUACGAUCGGUCAGAGGAUCUGGCUUCGCUGCUCUAUCUUAAUGAAUCCAGUGUGAUGCACUGCUUGAGGCAGCGCUAUGGGGGAAACCUCAUCCACUCCUAUGCCGGACCCAACAUGGUGGUCAUAAACCCUGUCAGUACAGCCUCCAUGUAUUCAGAAAAGGUGAUGCACAUGUUUAAAGGGUGCCGGCGCGAGGAUUCGGCUCCUCAUAUCUACUCCGUGGCCCAGUCGGCCUACCGUAAUCUUCUCACCACAAGGCAGGACCAGUCAAUUGUACUACUAGGAAAGUCUGGAAGUGGCAAAACCACCAAUUGCCAGCACCUAGUCCAGUACUUAGUUUCUGUUGCUGGUAGCACCGGUAAAAUCUUCUCUGUGGAGAAGUGGCAAGCAGUCUAUACCAUCCUUGAGGCUUUCGGUAACACGUUGACCGCUAUGAAUGCCAAUGCCAGUCGUUUCUCACAUGUGGUGUCGCUUGACUUUGAUCAAGCUGGACAGGUGGCAUCUGCAUCAAUUCAGACAAUGCUGCUGGAGAAAAUGAGGGUGAGCAGACGACCGGAGAAUGAGUCAACCUUCAACGUUUUCUAUUACAUGAUGGCUGGGGCUGACAGCACCCUGAGGACUGAGCUACACUUUAACCACCUGGCUGAGAACAGCACUUUUGGCAUCAUUCCACAGUCAAAGCCCGAGGAUAAACAGCGAGCGUCGCAGCAGUUUACGAAGCUGCAGGCAGCUAUGAAGGUGCUGGGCAUUUCUAGCGAAGAACAGAAGGCACUCUGGCUUAUUUUGGGAGCCAUUUACCACUUGGGGGCUGCUGGAGCAACUAAAGCUGGACGCAGGCAGUUUGCCCGUCACGAAUGGGCGCAGAAGGCAGCAUACCUCCUAGGAUGCACCUUAGAGGAGCUGUCUUCUUCCAUCUUCAAGAACCAGGCCGUAAGCAUGAAACACUCCACCUCAUUCAGAGGAGGACCAGAUGAAACUGGCCAAGGUGACUCAGCCUCGAAGGUCACAGCUCUGGAGUGCUUGGAGGCCAUGGCAUCAGGACUCUACUCGGAGCUCUUCACUCUGGUGAUAUCCCUGAUAAACAGAGCUCUGAAGUCCAGUCAACACUCUUUGUGCUCCCUUCUUAUCGUGGACACGCCAGGUUUCCAGAACCCUCAUCUUGUUCAGCAGCAGCGAGGAGCUACGUUUGAGGAGCUUUGUCAUAACUACACCCAGGAAAGGCUGCAGACCUUGUUCCAUGAACGGACCUUUGUCCAAGAGAGAGAGCGAUACAAGGAGGAAAACAUAGAACUUGCUUUAGAUGACAUAGAGUCCAGUCCUUCAGUGUCUGUAGCAGCUAUCGACCAAGCGUCAGCUCAAGCUCUGGUUCGUACACUGGCCAGGACUGAUGAAGCCCGUGGCCUUCUGUGGCUGAUGGAAGAAGAGGCAGUGAAUCCUGGCGGUUCAGAGGAUACCAUGCUGGAGAGGCUCUUCGGCUACUAUGGCUCCGCACAGGGAGAACGGAAAGGAGCCAAUCUGCUGCUGCGAGGACAGAAGCCACACCUCUUUCUGCUGGGCCACAGUCAUGGGACAGACUGGGUGGAGUACAACACCCAGGGGUGGCUUAGCCAUGCCAAGCACAACCCUGCUGCCCAGAACGCAGCCACCCUGCUGCAAGACUCCCAAAAGAAAAACAUCAGCGGGUUGUUUGUGGGCCGAGCGAGCGGGGCAACAGUGUUGUCAGGCUCCAUUGCUGGUCUGGAAGGAAGCUCGCAACUAGCCCUGCGACGGGCCACAAGCAUGAGGAAGACCUUCACUACAGGUGUAGCUGCUGUCAAGAAGAAGAGUUUGUGUAUCCAGGUCAAACUUCAGGUGGAUGCCCUGAUUGACAUGGUACGUCGCUCCAAAGUCCAUUUUGUCCAUUGCCUGGUGCCCAAAGCGGAGGCAGUGGGGGGAGGAAGUGAGCCACGUGUUACACAUGGAGAGAGCGCAGAUUCUGGCCUCAUGACUUUGGAUGUGGGUCUUCUAAGAGCUCAGCUCCGAGGAUCCAAACUGCUGGAUGCACUGCGCAUCUACAGACAAGGAUACCCAGACCACAUGGUGUUCUCUGAGUUCCGAAGGCGAUUUGAUGUCCUGGCACCACAUUUAACCAAGAAGCAUGGGCGUCACUACUUUGUGACCGAUGAGAAGAGGGCAGUGGAGGAAUUGCUGGAGUCGUUGGAUUUAGAGAAGAGCAACUACCACAUGGGGCUAAGCCGGGUUUUCUUCAGAGCGGGGACUCUGUCAAAGCUGGAGGAGCAGCGGGUUGUUCAGACCAAAAGAAACAUCUCUCUGUUCCAGGGUGCCUGCAGGGGAUAUUUGGCCAGGCAAGCAUUCAAAAAGAGGAAGAUCCAGGAUUUGGCAAUCCGGUGUAUCCAGAAGAACAUCAAGAAGAAUCGCGGGGUUAAAGGUUGGCCGUGGUGGAAGCUUUUCACGACAGUCAGACCUUUAAUUGAGGUCCAACUAACUGAAGAGCAAAUCCGUGGCAAAGAUGAAGAGAUCCUCCAGCUCAAGCAGAAGCUGGAGAAGAUCGAGAAAGAAAGGAAUGAACUGAGACUCAACAGUGACCGUCUUGAGACCAGGAUCGCUGAGCUCUCAUCAGAGUUAACUGAUGAGCGGAAUACAGGAGAAUCGGCCUCCCAGCUGCUACAGACUGAAACAUCUGAGAGACUCCGUCUUGAGAAGGACAUGAAAGACCUCCAGGACCAGUUUGACAGCAUGAAGAAAAAUAUGGAAUCUAUGGAGAUGGAAGUGAUGGAGGCUCGUCUCAUCAGGGCCUCUGAACUCAAUGGAGAGUUGGAUGAUGAUGAAUCGGGAGGCGAGUGGAAGCUGAAGUAUGAAAGAGCUAUCAGGGAAAUUGAAUUCACCAAGAAGCGACUGCAGCAGGAGUUUGAGGACAAGCUGGAAGUAGAGCAGCAGAACAAACGGCAGCUGGAGAGGAGGAUCAGCGACUUGCAGGCCGAUCAUGAAGAAUCGCAACGAAAUAUCCAGCAGCUAAAGAAGAAAGCACAGAGACUCACAGCCGAACUACAGGACACCAAACUUCACCUGGAGGGCCAACAGAGCCGCAAUCAUGAUCUAGAGAAGAAGCAGAGAAGGUUCGACAGUGAGCUCAGUGCAGCCCAAGACGAGGUGCAGAGGGAAAAGACCUUCAGAGAGAAACUGGCUCGAGAGAAAGACAUGCUGACUGGAGAGGCCUUCAGUCUCAGACAACAGGUUGAGGACAAGGACCUGGAGGUGUGUGCAAUUAAUCUUAAAUUCGACCUGCUAGAGGCUGAGCUGCAGGAUCUCAACUCCCAAGAGUCCAAGGAUGAAGCGUCACUGGCUAAGGUGAGAAAGCAGCUUCGUGACAUGGAGGCAAAGGUAAAGGAUCAGGAGGAGGAGCUUGACGAGCAAGCUGGAACCAUCCAGAUGUUGGAACAGGCUAAAUUACGUCUUGAGAUGGAGAUGGAGCGUUUACGUCAAAUCCAUUCCAAGGAUAUAGAGAGCAAAGAUGAUGAGGUCGAGGAAAUCAGACAGUCAUGUAGCAAGAAGUUAAAACAAAUGGAAGUUCAUCUUGAGGAAGAGUAUGAUGAGAAGCAGAAGGUGCUGAAAGAGAAAAGAGAGAUGGAGUCAAAGCUUCUCUCUGCCCAGGACAAGGUGAGAAGUGGUGACAGUGAGACUGAGAAACGUCUGAGGAAAGACCUGAAGAGGACCAAGACUUUGCUGGCUGAUGCUCAGAUCAUGUUAGACCACAUAAAGAACAAUGCACCCAGCAAGCGGGAGAUCGCUCAACUAAAGAACCAGCUGGAGGAGUCUGAAUUCACAUGUGCAGCUGCAGUAAAAUCCCGUAAAUCCAUGGAGGAGGAGAUCGAAGAUCUGCAUGUUCAAAUGGAGGACAUCUCCAAAACCAAACAGGCACUGGAGGAACAGCUGAGUCGUCUGCAAAGGGAGAAGAAUGACUUGCAGACAAGACUGGAGGAAGACCAGGAAGACUUGAAUGAGAUAAUGAAGAAGAACAAGGCUGCUGUGGCUCAGUCUGCCCAGAACUUGGCUCAAAUCAGUGACCUUCAAGCACAGCUGGAGGAGGCACUCAAAGAGAAGCAGGAAGUGCACGAGACGAUGCAAGCCCUCCAAAGUCAACUAGACUUCCAGGAGCAGUCCAUGGUGGAGAAAUCCCUCGUGAGCCGGCAGGAGGCCAAAAUCCGUGAACUUGAAACUAAGCUGGAGUUUGAGAAGACCCAGGUCAAACGCCUGGAGAGCCUUGCAGCACGUCUCAAGGAAAAUCUGGAAAAACUGACGGAGGAGCGAGACCAAUGCAGCAGCAGUGAGAUCCGGGAGAAAGAACAGAGCAAACGAUUCCAGAGACAGAUUCGCGACAUAAAAGAAGAGAUGGUUGAACUUUCCAAAAAGGAAGGAGAGGCCAGCCGCAAAAAGCACGAGCUGGAAAUGGACAUUGAGAGCUUGGAGGCUGCAAAUCAGAGCCUACAGGCAGACCUCAAACUAGCCUUCAAAAGGAUUGGUGACCUCCAGGCUGCCAUUGAGGAUGAGAUGGAGAGUGAUGACAAUGAAGAGCUUAUCAAUAGUUUACAAGACAUGGUGACAAAGUAUCAGAAAAGAAAGAACAGAACUCAAGGGGAUUCAGACACUGACUCUGAGGUGGAGGGUCGUGUGGAUGGGGUGAAAUCCUGGUUGUCCAAAAGCAAAGGAUCCACUAAGAAUGUUUCAGAUGACGGCAGCCUGAAGAGCUCGAGAUUUGCUGUAAACUUAGAUGCAAAAGAAGGGAAGGAGUGGUCAGAUGAUAAGGAAUGGAAAGAGGCAAAUAAAGAGUGCAAAGACGUAGAGACAAGCCGACCUUUAUCCGUGAUGAGCUCCCUCAGCUACAGAAAACGCUCCAACCGCGAUUCUAAAGAGGACCAGCUUUUCAGUGCCCUGAAGGAAAAUGCUGAGUUGGAGGAUGAUCUGUCUUUCCAAAAGUCUAAAUUCAAAAACACUAAUCUUCAAGAUGAUACCUCCUCAGCCAGCUUCAGGAAGAAAUCAUUGGCGGGGGAUGACAUGGCUGACAGAGAAUCAGUUAUCUCCCAGGCCUAUUCGGAUGCCAACAGGCGUGCCAGGAAAGGCAUGGAAAGUCGUCGGAGUGAUAUUGACAAAGAAUCAACCAUCUCAAUCUUUCCUCCAAGGCGGGCCUCUACUUGCCUUGGGUUAAGCCCAGAAGAUGAUGCGAAGUCUAACCUAAGUCUCUCCAACCCCCUUGGGCGUCAUCAAAGCACAUCACGCUUAAAUGUGAGUGGCAGAAGACAAUCACUGUAUGGCAGUCACCCCAGCAGCCCUUGUUUAAGCAAAAGGUCUGGUGGUCGCAGUCCUGGUAAUGUCAGUCAAGCUGAUUCCCAUAUGUCACUCGCACGUAGCUGCCGUCUGAGUGAGUUUGAUCUUGAUAUGGAUGAUAGCAGAAGUGUGGCCUUCACUGAGAGGUCAUGUUAUAGCCAUUCUUCCACUGGACGCAGUAUUUCCAUGCCGCCGCCACAAGCUCGAUCAGCUGCAGAUAAUGAGCUCACUGACAAUGCGGAUAUCAAACCUGUCAGCCAUCGUAACUACCUUGACCCAGACCUGGAAAAAGCCAUCAAUGAAGUACUGAGUUUCAAACCAAUUCAAUUCAAGCGCAGGAGCUUGGAAGACUCCGAGGGUGAGGAAGGAAAAUCUAAAGAUGAUGCGGACAAUAACGUGAGUAUCCAGAAUAUCAUAGGAACACGUCCCGCCAGUAAUCUUCAACACUCUGCAUCAGCUAUGAGCUGCAUAAGACCGUCCCGCAGCACCAGCAGCUAUAGUAGUCGCUGCAGCAAGAGCAAGGGGAAAGGCAAGAAGAAGAAGCGAAGCCAUAGUUCAGAGUCUGAAAGUUCAAGUGACAAUCAUCGCCACAGGAGCAGCUCUACGAAGAGGUCCAAGAAGUCCAAGAAGAAGUCCAGAAAGAAGGGAAAAUCAUCAUCAUCAUCAGAUUCUGAAUCAGACUCUGAUUCUGACUCAAAUUCUGGUGCCUCCACCAUUUCCUACCGCAGCUCGAGCAGUGUGAAGAGAGCCCCAUCUCGGAAAGGUGUCAACCCAGAAGAGGAACAAGAAGAUGGACCUCAAAGUGAGUGGCAACCCCUCAACAAAAACAAUGACAAGAAGAGGAGGAAGAAGGUGGACAGCUUGAUGAUGAAGUACUUGUAUCGGCCGGAUAGUGAUUGAAGCAGGCACCCCCCCGGCAGAAGACGCUACUGCUCCAGAUCUGACGAGGAGGAGGAAGACGAGAAAGAAGACGGCGCCCAGGGAUAGUUGUACUCUUCUCUAUACAGAUAUAGCAAUCAACUGAAAGAUGUUGGUGAUGACAAACCUUUAGAGCCGGGAUCUUAGUUUAUGCUGUGUUUAGUCUCACUUUCUGAAAUACAGCUUUAGCCAUUUAUUGUCUUGCAUGCAAAGUUGACCUCAUUUGUGGUUGUUGGACAGAAACACAACAACAACAUCGACAAACUUAGGAAAACAUUUUAUUACGUUGAUUCUGUCAAAACUUUGCGGUGUAUCCUCUCAAGAUUUGCCUCGUUUCGAAACUAAAUGGUCUUUCUUUGUCGUCAGGCUAAGCUCACUGUCCGCACAGUGAUUGCCAUGAAACUCCUAUCUUGGAUGUAACUGAGCCAAAGAGUUAAAAGAUUUCCAUGAUAGUAUAUAUCAUUUCUUAAUCUCUUUGUAUUGUAUUUUCUUUGCAUAUUGUUCAGUUGUAAUAUGUUAUGCCAUAGCACCGCGCAUUGCCAAAAAGCUUUUGUUUCAUAUCCACAGUUCUGUUGUUGCCAAUUGAUACUGAACCCAAGAAAGACUCGUUAUUCCUUUUUCUUCUUCAGUCUUUCCCGAGACAAGUGCCAUUUAAUUCAAGUGGGCUCUUUCUACACCUGGCACACUGAAGACGCUCUCUUCUUCCCACUCUCUAUGCCUUUUGCUGGCUAAUGACCCCAUUUUUACUCAUGAAAGGAAUUGCAUCAUGAACUCUCAAAGGAAGCCAGGGUUGAAUUCAUUUUUGGAGAAGCAGACAUGCAUGAUAAUAUCCUACAGGCUUUGUUCACAGGGUUAUUUCAAGUACUUGUCAGAAUUUCUUUUGAGCAGAAGACCCUUGCUAGCGUGAUCAGUCAUUUCAUUUUGAUGUGGUUUUUCUUACCAAAGGGAAUUUCCCAUGCUGAAAGGCCAAAAUCCAACACGAGGAUUACAACUCGAUUCUGAACUUAGUGUAACGAUGAUGGCCACCAUCUUCUCCAAUUCCCUCUCCCUGCCUGUCAGCAUCAAUGCCAAGUACACCUUAUGUCAUACAUGUACAGUACAAGUAGACACAUACAUAUACAAAGGUUAAUGUUUCUUCGAUUUUUGACUUGGCAAUUCUUUGAAACAGUAUGACUUAUCCAUGGAAGCCAUUUUGACAUUUGCUUCAGGGCAAGGGCAUUUGAUAAAAUGUCAGAGCUGUUAAAGAGCGCCAGCAUGUACUUGUAAUACCAAAAUUACAUUUUCUUAUGACUCUUGUGCCUGUCUUAUGACACAUGUGCUAAUAAUGUUGGCAAUACUGCGAGCAUGGAGUACAGUGGGUACGGAAAGUAUUCAGACCCCCUGAAAUGUUUCACUCUGUUAUAUUGCAGCCAUUCGCUAAAAUUAUUUUUUCUUUUUUUCUCCCUCAUUAAUGUACACACAGCACCCCAUAUUGACACAAAAAAACUGAAUUAUUGAAAUUUUUGCAGAUUUAUUAAAAAAGAAAACUGAAAUAUCACACAGCCAUAAGUAUUCAGACCCUUUGCUGUGACACUCUUAUAUUUAACUCGGGUGCUGUCCACUUCUUCUGAUCAUCCUUGAGAUGGUUCUCCACCUUCAUUGGAGUCCAGCUGUGUUUGAUUAUACUGAUUGGACUUGAUUAGGAAAUCCACACCCCUGUGAAUAAAAGACCUUACAGCUCACAGUGCAUGUCGGAGCAAAUGAGAAUCAUGAGGUCAAAGGAACUGCCUGAAGAGCUCAGAGACAGAAUUGUGGCAAGGCACAGAUCUGGCCAAGGUUACAAAAAAAAUUCUGCUGCACUUAAGGUUCCUAAGAGCGCAGUGGCUCUUAGGAACUCCAUAAUCCUUAAGUGGAAGACGUUUGGGACGACCAGAACCCUUCCUAGAGCUGGCCGGCCAAAACUGAACAAUCGGGGGAGAAGAGCCUUGGUGAAAAGAGUUAAAGAAGAACCCAAAAGAUCACUGUGGCUGAGCUCCAGAGAUACAGUCAGUCAGGAGAAAGUUGUAGAAAGUCAACCAUCACUGCAGCCCUCCACCAUUCGGGGCUUUAUGGCAGUGUGGCCCGACGGAAGCCUCUCCUCAGUGCAAGACACAUGAAAGCCCGCAUGGAGUUUGCUAAAAAAAACAAAAAAACACCUGACGGACUCCAAGAUGGUGAGAAAUAAGAUUCUUUGGUCUGAUGAGACCAAGAUAGAACUUUUUAGCCUUGAUUGUAAGCGGUAUGUGUGGAGAAAACCAGGCACUGCUCAUCACCUCUCCAAUACAGUCCCAACAGCGAAGCAUGGUGGUGCCACCAUCAUGCUGUGGGGGUGUUUAUCAGCUGUAGGGACAGGACGACUGUUUGCAAUCGAAGGAAAGAUGAAUGCGGCCAAGUACAGGGAUAUCUUGGACGAAUACCUUCUCCAGAGUGUGCUCAGGACCUCAGACUGGGCCGAAGGUUCACCUUCCAACAAGACAAUGACCCUAAGCACACAGCUAAAAUAAUGGAGUGGCUUCAGAACAACUCUGUGACUGUUCUUGAUUGGCCAGCCAGAGCCCUGACUUAAACCCAAUUGAGGCUCUCUGGAGAGACCUGAAAAUGGCUGUCCACCAACAUUCACCAUCCAACCUGACAGAACUGGAGAGGAUCUGCAACGAGGACUGGCAGAGGAUCCCCAGGUGUGAAAAACAUCAUUCCCCAAAAGACUCAUGGCUGUAUUAGCUCAAAAGGCUGCUUCUACUAAAUACUGAGCAAAGGGUCUGAAUACUUAUGGCUGUGUGAUAUUUCAGUUGUUUUUUUUUAAAUAAAUCUGCAAAAAUUUCAACAAUUCAGUUUUUUUUUUUUUUGUCAAUAUGGGGUGCUGUGUGUACAUUAAUUUGUAAAAAAAAAAAAUGAAGUUGAAUGAUUUUAGCAAAUGGCUGCAAUAUAACAAAGAUUUAAUGGGGUCUGAAUACUUUCUGUACCCACUGUAUGUACAGUAUGUCCUAUAAAUAGGCUGUGCCUACACUGCUUGACUUUAGGUAAGCAAAAGAGACAUACUCACAGACAUAUUCAUAAUAAAUGAAGAGUCGAAAGUGCUUGAUAGCCAUACUUCACAUUCAAACCUUUCAUAUUUAUGCUGAUGACCAUGGAAGUUGCCAAAUGACCCAUCAAGAUCAAUUAGUGAGUCGAUGUGUCACCCAAGAACAUUUGAACAUGGUGCGCAAAUCAGACGUAAAAACCACAGAUUGAAAUAUUCGACACAGACGCUAAUAAUUAUCAUUGUCAAUGAUUAUUGGGUUCUCAAUUAAUAAAAAAAAAAGUUAUUUGGUGCCGUUAAAUUGCACAAUGUACAACUUUGGUGUUUGUUUUGUCCAUCUCAUGUAGAUGAAUAAGGGUGACAUUAAUUAAAUAAUGGUGCAUGAUGACUAAUCGUUAAUGAGGUGAAGUUAUCAAUUGUUCAGUAGAAAAAGUUUCAGAAUCAUAUAUAACAAAAAUUGACCUAAAAGUUAUUUACAAAUACACUAUUUAAUUGGGGCGGUUCCAAUGAAUUCAUUUAGUGCGAUGUUGUCAUAGAAUUUGUAGACAAUAGGAAACAAUGUUGAGCCUUACCAAUGCUAUUGUUCCAUGUCUUUAAUAUAUAAAUGUAUUUUAAUACUCUGUUCAGUGUUUUUGAGGCUUGUCUGUCAAGUUGUUUCCAAGUUUUGCUUGUCUUUCUAAACGGCAAGUAACACAAAACAUAAUCAUGUUCCACUGAUGUAUUGGUCAUACGGCAGAAAUGUGUGCAGCAACAUAGUCCACAUGAACAUCAAAUGGCAAACAACAACACAGAAAAGUAAGUUAAGAUCGUAGUCGAAAUUCUUUCAUGAGCUGAUGUCCUUCCUUCUUCUUCGCUAUGCAGGCAACAUGUGCAUUCAUGUGAUUGACUCUGCAUCAACAACGAGCACACCACUCUCCGAAAUGCACACACUAUUUAUGUAUACAGUGCAUGCGUAUGAUUCAUGCUAGCUUUGAAAAUAGUUUAUUUUCAUUAUUGAACAAAUUGACCUUUUGUUAUAAAUUUUGCAUAACAGUUUAAUAUAUUGUAAAUAAAUUAUGGUGAUUGUUUUACAAUGCCUUCAGACUCA